AUGGCCGGGGGUGGAGGCGGCGGCGGCGGCGGCGCCGGGCCGAAGCAUGACGACCUCACGCCGCACCCCGUCAAGGACCAGCUGCCGGGGGUCUCCUACUGCAUCACCAGCCCUCCUCCGUGGCCUGAAGCCGUUCUUCUUGGGUUCCAACAUUAUCUGGUCAUGCUGGGUACCACUGUGAUCAUACCAACUGCACUAGUUCCACAAAUGGGAGGAAACAAUGAGGACAAGGCAGUGGUUAUCCAGACAUUGCUGUUCGUUGCAGGUAUCAACACCCUCCUGCAGAGUUUCUUCGGUACCAGGUUGCCUGCAGUGGUUGGGGGGUCAUACACCUUUGUUCUGCCUACCAUCUCAAUCAUCCUUGCUGGACGUUAUGCUAAUGAACCUAAUCCACACACUAAAUUUCUCCGCAUCAUGCGUGGGACACAAGGUGCAUUGAUUGUGGCUUCAGCCUUACAGAUUAUAGUUGGGUUCAGUGGCCUUUGGCGUAAUGUUGCCAGGUAUCUGAGUCCACUUUCAGCUGCUCCUUUGGUGGCACUAGUUGGAUUUGGACUGUAUGAGCUAGGAUUUCCCUCGGUUGCCAAAUGUGUUGAGAUUGGUCUACCUGAACUAAUCCUUCUGGUGAUCUUUGCAAUGUACCUGCCGCAUACUGUUCACGUGCUGAAGUCUAUCUUUGACCGAUUUGCUGUACUGUUCACUAUCCCCAUAGUGUGGCUUUAUGCAUACCUUCUCACUGUUGGAGGAGCAUACAGGAAUGCACCACCAAAGACUCAAUUUCAUUGCCGCACUGACCGUUCUGGAUUAAUUGGUGGCGCACCCUGGAUCAGAGUUCCAUAUCCCUUUCAGUGGGGUGCUCCAACUUUCGAUGCGGGUGAAGCUUUUGCAAUGAUGGCAGCAUCAUUUGUUGCUCUUGUGGAGUCCACUGGGGCCUUCAUUGCUGUCUCUAGGUAUGCUAGUGCUACACCAAUCCCACCCUCUGUUCUUAGCCGUGGUAUUGGCUGGCAGGGCAUCGGUAUUCUUCUGGAUGGGCUAUUUGGGACUGGAAAUGGGUCUUCUGUAUCAGUUGAAAAUGCUGGUUUGCUAGCUUUGACACGCGUUGGUAGCCGAAGGGUAGUGCAGAUAUCAGCUGGUUUCAUGAUAUUCUUCUCUAUUUUGGGGAAAUUUGGAGCUGUGUUCGCCUCAAUUCCUGCACCCAUCUUUGCAGCUCUAUAUUGUAUCUUCUUUGCUUAUGCUGGUUCUGCUGGGUUUGGCUUCCUUCAGUUCUGUAACCUCAACAGCUUUAGGACCAAGUUCAUCCUUGGGUUCUCAGUUUUCAUGGGCCUUUCAGUUCCUCAAUACUUUAAUGAGUACACAUCUGUUGCUGGUUAUGGCCCUGUUCACACACAUUCAAGAUGGUUCAACGACAUAGUAAAUGUGAUAUUCUCAUCCAAGGCGUUUGUUGCUGGCUUCGUUGCAUAUCUGCUGGACAACACUAUUCACAGACAUGAAAGUUCUGUCAGGAAAGACCGAGGCUACCAUUGGUGGGACAAGUUCCGGUCAUACAGGACUGACACAAGAAGUGAGGAGUUCUAUUCCCUGCCAUUCAACCUGAACAAGUUCUUCCCUUCAGUCUGA